CGACCAAUCACAACGCGCGAUGGUUGAGCGUCCUGUUCAGCCAUGUUGUGGUUUUGAAUGAGGAAGAAGCGGGAGAUAAUAUUCUUCAACGAGUUUAUAUGCAAUUUAAAGUCCCGUUAAGGCGAUGCAAAUGAGUUAGUGUGUGACUCAAAAUGAUAACCGUAUUUUUGAACGCGUUGGUUGCGAUUUGUCGCAUCCCUGUUGGAAUUUAAACACACUUCCAUAAAUUAGCCGUGUAGCUAGCAACGUUAGCUAGCAAGGUAGUUAGCUUAGUGUGCUAUCUAGGCAACUAGCUAAUUCUCAGCGAAGUAGCUAACGGUUAGCUCGGUUCGUGGAAAGGUAAAAUGAUAUUUGUGAGGAGUGUUAACCUUUGAAAGAGCCCCGGUUGACCUGCCUCAGUCGAAUGAAGCGCACUAGCUUCAUUUGGUUUGGCUAUAUUGACAGGUAAACCGAAAGCAGCUAACGCGAUAGCGAUUUGUCUGUGAAACGAGCGGCGUUAUUUCUAAAACUUUUGAGCCAUGUUGAAUAAAAUCUACGAAUGGAUAGAAACAAGCUUUGCCAAUCUUCGCAAUGGUGUGCCAGCUGCGGAGCACUCUGAUGCACACCGGGCAGCGGGAGAUGGUCGGAUCAGGAGGAAAAGACCGAUUGAAUGUUUGGAAGAUGGACAUAACGUCGACCGAGAUGGCUUAAUGAUAAAGAAAUCUCGAAUGGGAGAAAUAAUUGACACAGUCAAGAUUGCAGCUGAAGGGGUUAAGACUCAUAGCUCCAGUGUGGCUACAUGGAUGAGGAACAAUGUGAGCCCUACCUUGAGAAAUAUACUGCCAACCUCCCCUGGUCCUCCACCUGGAGAGCCCCAGCCCUCAACAUCAGCAGCAGUCUGGGCAGGGAGACCGAUUGUUGCAAGGAACUCUCUGGAUGAGACGUUCGCUGCUCCCGCCACAACUUUGGAGUGGAAAAUAUCCAAAUCAGACUGCUUGCGUAAUGAGAAGUCCAUUAUGGGAUCAAAGGUCUGUAGGCGACAAGUGUGCAUGAGUCCUACACAUCGUGAAGUGCCAAAAACAAAUGGGCACUCAGUCAACUUGCCACCCUCCAUCACCCCUGAAUUGCACCCCUCUCCACGGUUAGGCAGGCCCCUAAACCUCCGACCGCAUGGAUUGCCAAGUUUAUUUAGUGGAGUUGCAAGCAGUUCCUGCACCAGCAUGUAUGAGAAGACCUUUCCCAUCAAAGUGGUACAGAGCCCAACACACAGCAGCUCAUCUGGCCACGUACAUAGGGCCAGACCCCGCUGCACAGCACAAGAGUCUGUUUGUGAAGAGGAGAAGGAGGUCUACAGGCAGCUUCUGACCAUGGUCUCUGGUGGUCAGUCGUCUUUCCUUCACAACGGCAGCUCACACGCCAUUGUGAGGUCACACAGAGAUUUUACCAGCUUUCUGACCACCAGCCGCAGACUUCUACAGUUCUCCUCGCCUACUGGGUCAGCAGCAGGGGAAACGUCUGACGGACCCAGCAGCCCUCCCAGCCCCAGGGGCAUGUCUAGCCAGAGCUCCAGCAACCUCCCCAGCCCAGUGGGGGCUUCCAGCAGGCCAGGGAUCCAGACAUGGUCUCUGGACACAGACCUCAGCUCCAGCAGAGCAGCUACUCUCUCAUCAGCUCCCUCCCCAUCUGCACUGCAGGAUAACUCCUCUCAGGACACACAAUCAUCAGCUCAUGACGCUGACUCUGUAAUUAUUGUAAAUGAGAAAAAGGGUAAAAAGCCAGACAGCUCAAGUGUGCCAUGUUUCCAAGCUGAGUUAUGGAUCAAAGAAUUGACAAGUAUGUAUGACUCUCGAGCGAGAGAAAGACGGAGACAGAUAGAAGAGCAGGAGGCCCUGGCUGCCCAGCUGCUGCGACAGCGUCUGUCUGAAGAGGGGCAACGCAGCCCAGAUGUCGAGGUCCAUGUUCGAGUCCCUUUGGAGAAGGAGGUUCCUUUGACUCUUGUGAUAGAAGAACCGAAGCCUUUGGAAGUGAAACCAGAAUUCCCCGAACUUACAGAGGAAAUGGAGGAUGAGGUGAACAUGGUGCUAAGAGGAGGUAGCUCUCAUGAUGUAUUAAGUGAAGGGUUUGGUCUCAGCCUCACACGUAAAGACCUGCAGACCCUCAGCAACCUCAACUGGCUCAAUGAUGAGGUGAUCAACUUCUACAUGAACCUGCUGGUUGAGCGCAGCAAGGACCCCAACCUGCCAUCAGUCAAUACGUUCAACACUUUUUUCUAUCCCAAGCUGCGCAGCAGUGGCUACUCUGCUGUCCGCCGUUGGACCAAAAAGAUGGACAUCUUUUCUAAAGACAUCCUGCUGGUUCCUGUCCACUUGGGGGUGCACUGGUGCCUCUCUGUGGUGGAUUUUCGCAAAAAGGCUAUCCUGUAUUUUGAUUCAAUGGGAAGAAGCAAUGAUGAAGCAUGCAGAAUAUUGUUUGAAUACCUGCAACAGGAAAGUAAAGACAAGAAAGGCAAAGAACUGGAUACCUCAGGCUGGACUCUGCACAGCAAAAGGCGCAAUGAAAUCCCACAGCAGAUGAAUGGUAGCGACUGUGGAAUGUUCACAUGCAAAUAUGCAGAUUACAUUACCAAAGACAAGCCAAUCACAUUCACUCAGAAACACAUGCCCUACUUCAGAAAAAGGAUGGUUUGGGAGAUCGUGAACCAUAAGCUGUUGUGAUGUCAGUAUGAGGACUGAACUCGUAUAGUCGUCUCACGAUGUCACACGUCGUAACGAUGGCUACGUUCGACAGCAGGAUCCUCUUACAGUAGUACUGUUUUGGGAUAGACUUGCACACCAGCUCAUCAGAUCAGGAACCAGCUCUGCUACUCUGCUGCCCACAGCUGAUCAGAGCUGAUGGGAUGGUGCUGGAGAACCAAACACUGCCUCCCACUCUUUUUUUGGUGCACCUAUGGAGCAUCAGUACAGCAGCUGAAACACUGCGUGUUUUGUAUUGCCCAGCCAGAACUGUUUUUGAAAAAUCCCGCUUUAACUGGCUUACAAAACCAUACUCUGAGCUGCAAUGUUCAGUUUGAUGCAAACAUACAAAGUUUACAUGUUUUUCGUCUUACAGGGAGGUGAGCGCAUUAUGCUAUAAUUUUUAUAAUGACAGUAAUACUAUAUUUUGGUGGCACUGUCAAUGUUUGAUACUUUUGGUAUGUGCAAAGAAAAAAUGACUUUACAAUGAAAAUAUGAAUGCCCACAAAACUGGAAUUUGAAUGACAUCUUGUCUAAAAAAUCUGUCUUUGUAUUUGGGCUUUUAUUUUUUUUUCCAGUUUCCACAUUUCACCUGAAACAGGAUUAUUUUUAUUUGUUGGUUUAAAACGCACAAUAGUCGUCAGAUAUGACAUUGCCUCAGAGUAUGAUUUAUAAUGGUAGCAGAAUGUUGUCUUACCUUGCCAUUAAAACUGCAGGGUGAAAAAAACAUCCCAUUUCAUUCUUACCCAUUAGUCAAAGAUUGUAAAUUAAGGUUCAAAGUCUAUUUUAUGUAUUUUAGAGUUUCUUCAUUUGACAGCAGCUUUUGGGCAUAUUCGGUAUAUUUUGAACUUUGUACAUACUUAAAACAUAUACGGCCUCUUGAACAGUGUAAUAUACUUUUUCUUUACGUAUUUCCUAUAUUUUUUAUCUAGAUUCAACUCUGUUUUAGAAAUAAAUUCUCAUGUAUUGUGACUGUUCUUUGUGUAUUACCUCAAAAUCAGCUGGGUUUGAUAUAAAAACUGCCACGUUUGAUAAUUUGAUAAACAAGAGAGAACCUUGA